AUGUUCCUGUCAGCGCUGACAAUCACCUCCGUUGGUCUGACCUGCAAAUCGUUCUUCAACCUUGGACUUGCUUCUGUCUCUGUCUCUGGCCUACAUCAUCUCUCAGAAGCCUUGGAAAGCGAACACCGAAAUCAUGGACGUGGAAUCGUCACCGUUUGUAAUCAUAUCUCAACCCUCGAUGAUCCUGUCACCUGGGGAAUCCUACCCGCUAGAUACUACCUCAAGUCUCGUUUUACGCGGUGGACACUUGGUGCAUCCGAUAUCAUGUUCACCAACCCGGUAUUCUCCGCCUUUUUCCGUAAAGGUCAGGUCAUAGAAACAUUCCGGGGGAAGGGGAUCUAUCAACCCGCGGUCGAGACUGCGAUUGAGAAACUUAACCAGGGGCACUGGGUACAUCUAUUCGGCGAAGGCAAAGUCAACCAACCCAACACCUACCUGACCGACAAACACAACCGUUUUAUCUUACCGCGUUUCAAGUGGGGAGUAGGUCGCAUUCUAACAUCCACAAAGAAACCCCCUGUAGUCAUUCCGAUGUGGAUAACCGGCUUUGACGCACUCAUGCCAGAAGGUCGUCCUUUCCCCUACAAAUUCUUUCCACGACUUGGCACAAGUCUCACUGUCACCUUUGGAAAGCCUCUGCCGCCCGAUGCUGUUGCCUCAAUCGUCGAUUGUCUUCCGGCCGAGGAGCAAGAUCCAACCAAGAUGUUAGAGCGGGAGGUUUUUAUCCGGACUCAGGUAACUUCGAUGAUUCAUGAUGCCGUAGAAUCUUUGGGGAGGUCGCUCUAG